UUCAUCUUUACAACAUAUAUCUCUCUCUUUGUUCCUUAUUUCCUUGCAAUAUCAUCUCUCUAAUGGCGACGGAUAAAAGUGGUGAGAUAGCAAUCAACAUGGCGGAGACAAAAGCCAGUGCUAAAGGAACAGCCCCAUUGUUAAACUCUUCGAAAGCUGUCGCCGCCGUAGAACCACCGAACCGAGGAGCGAAAAAAGGGCUCGCUGUUGGCGACUUUGUAUUAAGACUGUGCGCACUUGGAGCCGCCCUCGGAGCAACUGUAGCAAUGGGGACUGCCGAUCAACUUCUCCCUUUUUUCACUCAAUUCCUCCAGUUCGAAGCUCAGUACGAUGAUUUCGAUACUUUCCGGUUUUUCGUGAUGGCACUUGGCAUAGUUUCUUGUUAUCUUCUCCUUUCAUUGCCACUCUCCAUAAUUUGCAUCAUUCGUCCACUUGCAACAACGCCAAGGCUCUCCCUUGUCAUCUUUGAUUCCAUGAUGGCGGCUUUAACCAUAGCUGCAGGUUCGGCUUCUGCAUCGAUGGUGUAUUUGGCUCAUAACGGGAACGAUGACGUGAAUUGGCUUCCUUUUUGUCAACAAUUUGGUGAUUUUUGCCAAAGUGCAAGUGGAGCAGUGAUAGGUUCUCUAUUAGCUGCUGCCCUGCUCGUGAUUAUAAUUAUCCUUUCAGCUUUUGCUCUAAAAAGAAACUGAGAAACUCACACAUAUAAAGAAAAGGUAAAA